GCGCCGAGGGAGCAGGCGGGCUGACGUGCAGCCAGUGCGGCGGGGAGCGGCCUAGCGGGCAUGGCGGCAGGUCCGCUACGCGGUCUGGCAGUGGCCGGAGGAGGCGAGAGCAGCGAGAGCGAGGACGACGGCUGGGAGAUUGGGUAUCUCGACCAGGCAGUUCAGAAAUUGAAAAGACCGUUACCCGUUGAAGAAAAGAAUGAAACAUUUAAGAAAGCAUUGACCACGGGAGAUACUUCAUUGGUGGAGGAGCUCCUAGAUUCUGGAAUCAGUGUAGAUUCCAGCUUCCUGUAUGGCUGGACUCCCCUUAUGUAUGCUGCUAGCGUUUCCAAUGUGGAGCUGGUCCGGGUCCUUUUGGACAGAGGAGCUAAUGCAAGCUUCGUUAAGGAUAAGCAGACUAUUUUGAUAACUGCAUGUUCUGCUCGUGGCUCUGAAGAACAGAUUUUGAAGUGUGUAGAGCUGCUACUUUCAAGAAAUGCUGAUCCAAAUGUUGCUUGUAGGAGACUGAUGACCCCAAUCAUGUAUGCUGCACGAGACGGUCACCCUCAGGUUGUUGCUGUCCUUGUUGCUCAUGGUGCAGAAGUUAAUGCCCAGGAUGAGAAUGGUUAUUCUGCUUUAACGUGGGCAGCACGUCAGGGUCAUAAAAAUGUAGUUUUGAAGUUGCUUGAACUCGGAGCUAAUAAAAUGCUACAAACCAAAGAUGGAAAGACACCAAGCGAGAUUGCAAAAAGAAGUAAACAUAUAGAGAUCUUCAACUUUCUUUCCUUGACUUUAAAUCCUUUGGGAGGAAAGCCUCAACAGCUAACUAAAGAAGAAACAAUUUGUAAACUGUUGAGAAUGGAUUCUGAUAAAGAAAAAGAUCACAUAUUUAGUUCAUAUACAGCAUUUGGAGAUCUGGAAAUAUUUUUACAUGGACUUGGACUUGAACAUUUGACAGAUUUAUUGAAGGAAAGGGAUAUAACUUUAAGACACCUUCUGACCAUGAGGAAAGAUGAGUUUACAAAGAAUGGAAUUACCAGUAGAGAUCAGCAGAAAAUUCUGGCUGCUCUUGAAGAACUAGAGGUAGAAGAGAUAAAAUUUGGAGAAUUACCUGAAGUGGCAAAGUUGGAAAUCAGUGGUGAUGAGUUCCUCAACUUUCUUCUGAAAUUAAACAGACAGUGUGGCCAUUUAAUAACAGCUGUACAGAACAUUAUUUCUGAGUUGCCUGUAAAUUCUCACAAGAUAGUACUAGAAUGGGCUUCUCCCCGGAAUUUUACUUCAGUUUGUGAAGAACUGGUUAGUAAUGUCGAAGAGUUGAAUGAAGAGGUUCACAAACUAAAAGACUUAAUUCAGAAGUUGCAAAAUGAACGAGAAAAUGACCCAACUAAUAUACCAUUAAUAGAAGAAGUAUCUACAUGGAAUAGUAAAAUUUUGAAGAGGACAGCUAUUACAGUCUGCGGAUUUGGAUUUCUUCUUUUCAUUUGCAAACUAACUUUUCAGAGAAAAUAAUGCAAAUAUUUGUUUUGAGUAGUAUAUGGAUAUCUUAUUCAUAUUACCUAAAAAUGUUGCUUUUAACUGUUUGUGGCACAAUAUAACUGCGUUCUUUGCCAGUACUCCAUAGGAAAAAUUAUGAUAGCAGAGAGCAGAGUGUUUUUCUUUAGAAAGUGGUUUGUCAGUUUGAGUUAAAAAUACAGUCUGUUAUAUUUUAUGUUAAUUUUGACCAAGAAGUAAAUCAUAAGUGAUUCUUAAGUAUGAUCCUAUCAUAUGACUCUAAAUCACAUUCAAAAUAAAAGUUUCAUUUAAUAUUCUUUGACAUUUAAAAAA